GAAAUUUGCCCCCAACGUGUCUAUCUCUCCCCUGCAGUCAAUCAGAGAUUCAGAAUCAUAUAAGACACUGUUAAACGGUGUUUUUCUCACUUUCCCCACCUGUUGAUAUCAGAAUUGCUGUUUUCAGCCAAGACGCAACUGUGUGCUGUGAUCAAUUGUCUCCAAUGGUCCAAAUCACCUUGCUAGGUGCAGCACUCGACAUUCUUCCUUUCGACCCAUAAGCGACCGCAUCUCUGCCACGAGGCCAUCCCAUCCCAUCCCAUCCAGCCCAUCCGUGAAUCGAGAUCCGAACUCGAGCUCCUCCAGAUCUGCCCUCCUUCUCCGUUGGCCGUGUUUCCCGCCUUCCAUCCUACUCGAUCCGUGCGGUAUUCUCGUCUGCCACCAUGACCGUCACAGAUAUUGUCACGGACCCUGCCCUCCUGCCGGUCUUGCGCGUCAGCGCAAAUACCCUUGCAGAGUGCCAGAAGCUCUUGGAUCUCCUCGAACCAACCUCCUCACCACCGCCGGAAAAUGCGAUGCUCGAGGUCUCGAAGCAGCAGAAGCGAGUCUAUUCGCUACUGUCCCAGCUGCGUGGAUUGAAUCGCGAUGCGAUCUUCGGAGUCCGCCAAACAAAACAAGCGACCGCAGAGGCUCGUCAGGAAAUCGAUCGGUUGCACCUCCAGCUGCAGAACCUAUAUUACGAGCAAAGACACCUGACGAAUGAGAUUGCGGCCUGUGAAUCCUAUGAUCAUAAAUACCUAUCCCUACCAUUAAUCCCAGUCGAAGAAUUCCUAGAGAUCCACCCAGAGUACAAGGACUCCGAUCCUCACGAGCUGAUGAUCGCGCGCAUCAACCAUGAACAUGCAGAGCGGGAGAAGCUCGAACAGGCGCGCCAGGAGCUUCUGAAGCGGAAACAGGCACUCAUCGCAGAGAACAAGAAACGGAAAGAUGAUCUGGCUAAUCUGGAUCAGGACCUAGAGAGAUUCAUUGAUGCCGCGAAGCCGAUCCAGAAGAUUUUCGAAAAGGAAUAUUGAUCUCGUUCGAUUACAUAUGCUGCUAUUUUUGAGAUUUCGCAUUGGGGGGAGUGUAUAUGUAUCGUGGUUUUUCGGGUCCAUUGAAGGCGUUUCGAAGGUCAAAAAGAUACCCAUGCUUUUUUUC